AUGCACUCGAAAGUAGGAUUCCUGUUGCCUUGUUAUCCUGGAUUAGACACAACGUUUGAAAUGACAAAUUUUGUGUUAACAUUAAUAAAAACUAUUGUUUUAAGUAGAGUAAUCAAUAACAUCCAGUGCAACCACGAUAGCAUCUUGAACUUCAUUUUGAACGUUGAAAGUAAUACCCAGUUUCACAGCGUUGCCGUCACAUCCCCCAGUUCAGGAGGAUUCCCGGAUUUGAACUUUGCCAAGCUGAAAACUCCCUUAAUAUUUCUUGUAGAUACUUCAGAGGAGAAAGCUGAACCUUUCCUGAACAGCAACGUUCUUUUCAUUGUUUAUAUGCGUAGUUGUUCGGUGCUAGCACCCGAGACUAUUUUACUGUAUGCUAAGCAUAUGGCACGACAUGGAAAGGUUCUUCUGGUAGAGCUUGAAAAGGAAGAAAUGGUGGAUGAGAUCUGCAUGGAAGAUACUUUUAAAUGGUUUUGGAAAACCGGAAUUUUACGUGUAGUUGCGAUCCAUCAAGCAAGUCAGGGAUCUUUACAGGUCUUCAGUUACAACCCGUUCCCCAAAAUGAAGGUCUUCAAGGUUACAAAUUGGAACCAUCUUUAUGAUGACAGAUUGGGGAAUUUGCAAGGCUAUCCAAUACGUUCCAUUAUAUCUAAAGAGCUACCACGCAGUUUCAAAUAUACGAAUCGGGAAGGGAAAGAAGUUCUUGGCGGUUACACGGCGAAAAUUUUCCUGGCUUUCUUGAAAAAACAUAAUGGAACACUCCUCGUGAUUGAUAUUGGAGAUCUUGAUUUUGUGUAUGGCCUUUCCUUAAUAACGCUUGCUGCGGAAGGAAAAGUUGAUCUUUUAAUGAAUCAAUUCCCUUGCAUUUCAACUGAUGUCUCCUGCAGUUACCCGACAAACCAAAUGAAAAUGGUUGUAUUAGUUCCAACAGCCAAACCAGUAAAGGUUUCAUUGUAUAUUGUUCUACCAUUUGAGGAAUCUGUAUGGGUCCUUCUUCUUUGUUCAGUAGUUAUCUUGGUGGUUGUCUACUUUUUUCUUACAAGGAUAUCUGGACGACAUGUUUCGUUUAUGGAAGCUUUCGUGAGUAGUAUCGGAGUCAUUAUAGCAAUCAUUCCAACAAUGGACUAUCAACGGAUUUCAUGGCAGAGUCGAGUGAUAUUUCUGUUAUCAGUGGUAUUUGGUGUUAUUAUGAACAACGUCUAUCAAUCCGUGCUGACCAGUUUUUACACAACAAAGAUCUAUGAGAAGCAGAUUGAGACACCAGAAGAAGUGGUAGAAGCUAACCUAACCAUACUUGUUAAUGAAAAUGAUUGGCUAUUUUUGCAAUUCGCGAUUGACUCAGAUCGUUUUCGUCACCAAUUUCGUCCGAUUCCUUACCAUGAGGCCAACAAGUACCGGGAGACUUACAAUACGGAAUUUGGGAACUUAAUGCCGGACGAUAAGGCCGACCGUUUACUGAGACAACAGAUGUUCUUUUCCCGACCCUUAGUGAGAAUGUUACGUUAUACCAUGAUCCGUAUACCAAUGGUGCUGUUCAUGCCAUUCUAUACUCCCUAUGAGGAAGCAGUCAGUCGAGUUAUAUUGCAAUGUCAAGAGACUGGACUUUUAGAGAAAUGGUUAAGGGAUUCGACGGAGGAAAUAAUGCAGGCAGAGAGUGUCAAAAGAUGGAUGUUCUUUGAGAGCAAAUACAAACCUUUGGUUUUGGAGAAUUUCGAUUGCUACUGGAUUUUAUGGUUUAUUGGACUAAUGUUAUCCUUUGUCAUUUUUAUCAUUGAAUGUCUGCUUGGUCUUAUGAGGAGGAAUAAUGGCACAAAUUGA